AGCGAGUAGCCUUCAGCCGGUGUGAGUGCCUGCUUCGGUGCACAGACACAGGGCUAGUAGAUGAUGAAGAACGAGGCACAUGGGGACGCGGAAGAUUACACAGAGAGUGAUGACGAGGGGGCAGACGGCUACCGCAAAGGUGGAUACCACCCCGUGCACGUGGGCGAGAUUUACAACGGCCGGUACCACGUAUUGGCGAAGCUGGGUUGGGGCCACUUUUCCACCGUGUGGCUUUGUCAGGACCUCUCAGCAACCCGUUAUGUAGCCAUGAAGGUCCAAAAGAGCGCUCCACACUACACCGAAGCAGCCUAUGAUGAGAUCGAACUCCUGGCCGAGGCAGCCAAAAGAAGCAAAGAUGCAGCAUGGGAGGAAACUCAGAAAGGACCUUUGAGGGAGCUCUUUCCAGAUGGGGGAGAAGGCUUCACCGGAGUAGUCCAGCUCAUUGACUACUUCGAACAUUUUGGUGUGAACGGGAAGCAUGUCUGCAUGGUCUUUGAGACGAUGGGUCCGAACGUUUUGGCCCUCAUCAAGAGGUACAAUUUCAAAGGCAUUCCCGUGGAUAUUGUCCGGAAGGUCACCACUCACACCUUAAUUGGCUUGGAUUAUUUGCACCGGGUUUGUGGCAUCAUCCACACGGAUUUGAAGCCAGAGAACGUGUUGGUGGGCUGCCCCCGGGGCGUUCCCGUGAACAAGACGGGCGUGCCAUUGGUGGGCAAUGUGGAUCCCGCCGCGGUGGCUGCGAACUUCAAGAAGGACACAAGCGCCAAAAGCGAGGAAAAGAAGGGCAAGAAGAAGGACAAAAAGUUUGAUGAAGAAGGUUCAGAUGUCGAAGAUGAAGCUGCACCCAGACCUCCACCUAUGCUGGUCCAUGACCCCAUGCAAACAGCUCCUCCUGAGCCUAUAGAGCCUCCCUACAUGAAGCCAUUUUUGAAGCCAAGCCGAUCAGAUCCCACUCUGUUGUCUUCAUAUGGCGAUGACUCCAUUGCAUUGAACCGGCCUUUGUACAACCACGCGGGAAGUCUGAUGAAGGUCCCUCCUCCCGGAGUCCCCGUGCCGGCUCCCAUGCCGCCCAGCUCCUCUUCCGGAGUAGCCAAGCCGGAGAGUAUUGAUGAGAAAUUGAUCGAGGAGGUUUUGGGUUUGGAUUUGUUUGACCAUGACGGUGUCACCUACAAAGUGGCCGACUUGGGCAAUGCUUGCUGGGUGGAAAGGCACUUCUCAGAUGACAUCCAGACGCGACAGUACCGCUCGCCUGAGACCAUCAUUAAUGCAGGAUAUGAUACCUCAGCAGACAUUUGGUCCUUGGCAUGCAUGGUUUUCGAGCUGGCCACGGGUGACUAUCUGUUUGAUCCCAAAGCCUCAGACGAAUAUCCCCGGGACGAGGACUGUAGCGGCUGUAGCGGGCGAUGGCCAUGA